AUGAAGUGGGCAUUGGAAUUGAGGGAGUACGACAUCCAGUUCGAGCCCAGAACUGCGAUGAAAGGACAAGCAGUGACCGAUUUUAUCGCAGAGCUCACUCCACCACCUCAGUUGGUCAAAUCCGACCUCCCGUGGACGAUCUUCGUUGAUGGGUCUUCUAACGAGAGGGGGUGCGGGGCAGGAAUCCUCUUGCUCGCACCAGAAGGUGAGCGAUUCGAAUAUGCUCUGCGGUUCAACUUUCGGACCUCAAAUAAUGAGGCCGAGUACGAAGCACUCGUAGCAGGCCUGCGCGUUGCCAAAGAACUGGGGGCCAGUCACAUAAAGGUCUUUARUGACUCCYARCUAAUUGUAAAUCAGAUCAAGGAGGAGUACCAAGCGAAGGACCCCCGGAUGGAAAAAUAUCUGAGCAAGGUCAGAUCGCACCUCGCCCAGUUYGGGACUUACGAGGUGAGUCAAGUUCCAAGAUCUGAGAACUCUAAUGCAGAUGCCUUAGCCAAAUUGGCAUCAGCAUACGAGACCGACCUGGCUAGGUCGGUCCCGGUCGAAAUCCUAGACACUCCUUCAAUCUUGGAGCCAGAUGUAAUGGAGGUUGAUACUCCAUCACUCACUUGGAUGGACCCAAUCGUGGAGUUCAUCAAAGGAAACCCACCGCAAGAUCCGAAGGAGCAAAAGAAGAUGRCGCAGAGAGCAGCUCGGUUCACACUCCAAGAAGGAAUGUUGUACCAACGUGGCUUCUCCCUGCCUCUCCUCAAGUGUGUGACUCCCGAAGAAGGCCUUUACAUUCUUAAGGAAGUUCAUGAAUGGGAUGCAAGGCAGUUUGUGAAAGCUUGUGACAACUGCCAGCGUUUCGCAAACAUUAUCCAUCAACCUCCCGAACUGAUCACCCCCAUCUCGGCCCCAUGGCCAUUUGCGCAAUGGGGGGUGGACAUCRUAGGUCCUUUUCCUCUGGGCAAAGGACAAAAAAAGUUCGCCGUUGCCGCUGUGGACUACUUCACUAAAUGGGCUGAAGCCGAUGCACUAUCCCACAUCACAGAGUCCAGAGUCACGUCGUUCAUAUGUACAAACAUUGUGUGCCGCUUCAGCAUACCAAAUGCUAUCGUGAUAGACAACGGAAAACAAUUUGACAAUGCAAAGUGCAAGGACUUUUGCAGAAAACUUGGUAUAAGCCACCUCAGUUCGUCCCCUACGCAUCCAAAAGCGAAUGGACAAGUUGAAGCAGUAAACAAGAUCAUAAAGCGAGGACUCAAGCUAAGGUUGGACUCCAGAAAGGGAAGAUGGGCCGAKGAGCUACCUGAGGUUCUGUGGUUAUAUCGAACCACCCCACGGGAGUCAACUGGCGAAACUCCGUUCUCGCUAGCCUUUGGUUCCGAAGCUGUUGUACCAGUCGAGAUCGGCAUACCAACAGACAGGGUAGAAUAG